CACACAGGCAGCGGCUGCUCUAGGUCACUUCCCACCGACACAGCACGAAAAUGAUGCUGCAACACCCAGGACAAGGCUCGGCUGCAGAAGUGAGUGCGACGGCCAUAGUGCCCUGUCUGUCCCCGACAAUGUCGUUCAGCUUUGAGGAUUUCACUAACCUCACCCCACUGGUUAAAGAGGAACUAAGGUUCGCCAUUCAGAAUAAGCGAUUCUCCACCCGAGCCCCCUGCUCUUUAGAUUCGGUGGUGGUGUCCGACGGCCCCUUAGAAUUGACAGUCCCCAAAUCCGAGUUUGCCCCAGAGGAAGAUGAUCGGAAAAAGAGGAGGAGGGAAAGGAAUAAAGUUGCUGCCGCCAAGUGUCGAAAUAAAAAGAAGGAAAGGACAGAUAGUUUGCAGAAGGAAUCGGAGAAGUUGGAAUCUAUCAAUGCAGAUCUGAAAGCCCAAAUUGAGGAAUUGAAGAACGAGAAGCAGCAUCUGAUCUACAUGCUCAACCUCCACCGACCCACGUGCAUCGUCCGGGCUCAGAACGGGAGGACCCCCGAAGACGAGCGCAACCUCUUCAUCCAGCAGAUCAAAGAUGGAACCCUGCAGAGCUAAGAGACUUGUGUGAUGGACCUGAGCAUCUCACUGUGUUAUUACAAGUCACUUAAACCUCCAACGGCCAAUGACUGUGUGUCGGAGAGACUCCUUGCUCCGGAAUUCUACCCGGGGAAAAGGCCUGGAUGGGGAAAGACGUCUUGUCAGAAGACUGGAUUCUGACGGCCUGGAAGGGUAUCACGUGACUGAAUCCUAAGUAUCCCCCUAGAGGGAACAGCGUUCUUUGGAAGAUGCAGCAAACGUCAUGGGGCUUUAACUAGAAGCCAUUUACUAAUCCUGUUAUUAUUUAGCAGCACUAUGGGAUUUGUUUGUUAUUUUCAACACAAAAAUGUGCAAUUUCUCUUUUUUUUUUUUUUGCCAGAACCACAAUAAGUAGACAUUUCAGUGUUUGGAAUCAAUGGGGUCUGAGCUACUGUCAACCACCCAUGUGUUAGUUAAGACUUACAAAGCAUUGCCUUAUAGGGGACGUAUUAAAGGAGAAGGAAAGCUACAGAGGCAGUUUAUUGCCAAUAGAUUAGCCACAAUAGUGCGAGCGAUUACACUAUAUUUAUUCUGCUUUACCAUACCUGAAUAAACAGCUUUAGAAGCUCUCUCUGUUUAGGAUAGCAGCUGCCAUAAUAGCUUGGUGUGACAUCACUUCCUGUCUGAGUCUCUCCCUGCUCACUCAUAGCUCUGGGCUCAGAUUACAGUAGGGAGGGAGAGAGGAGCAAACUGAGCAUGCUCAAGCCCUAGUCCUGGAGGUUUAAGCUAAAAACAGGAAGUCUGAUACAGAAGUCCACGUAUACACAAUAUAAGGAAAGAAAUAUGGUGUUUCUUUUGACUCAGAGCAACAUUACUUUGAGGCUUUACUGGUGUAUUUAUAUAGACCUUUCUGAUAAAGUUUACUUAAUUUUAACCUUUCCUUCUCCUUUAAGCACUACGCUAAUCCAUAUAGGCUUGGCAAUAUUACCCCUGCUUUUCCAUAAACCAUAGGCCACUGGAUUGAUUUGGCUGUGUAAGAAUUAUGAGAAUGUGCUCACUACCCCUUAAAGAUCCCUGUGCAGAACAGUACAAUUGAAAGUAGUUCAGGUGAGAGGAGAAGCAGCUAUUUAGUCAGUCAUCUCCACCUGUUUUGUUCUGUACACCAACCAUUAUCAUUCUAGGGUGGGGAUAUAAAUAUGUGAAAAGAACAUAAAAUGCCCCUUACGUUCUAUUUUUUAUUUAUUUACCAAUCACUUCCCCGGGCAGUACCCAUUGGCAUCAGUGCCACCAGUAAUGAAUAGAGGAAAGAGCUAGUCAUUUAGUCAUUUAUACCUUCUAUACAGUGUGUUGUGUAAGACAAAAGCCAAAACAUUUCCCCAUAUUCUGCUUUUUUUUCCCCCCAAGUACAAAUAAUGGCAUUUACUUGUUUGGGAUGUGUCUAAUAUUUAUAUUCUGCAACAGAAUAUUAAAUGCGUCAUGCUGGGAUAUAUUGUAAUGUCCCCUAGCUCCACGGUUGAAUGAAGUCCAAAAAUAGUACAAUCUAAACACAGAAAUUGCCCCUGACCCCUAGAGGGGUUUGUAGUUUUAAAGGCAUUCAGGUUAGUGAUGUGCGGGUCGGGAUUUCCCCAACCUGCACCCGACCCUAACCUGCCCUCCCUUAGCCCAUGCCCACCUGCAUCCGCACUUCCGGGUUAUUUUUAUAGACCCGCACCGAUCCGCCCCACCGACGAUGUCACAAAAGUGGCGGGGCAAGCAGGCACAUCAUCUAUAAAAGACUAACCAUUUGACGGUGGCGGGCGGGGAGAGCAGGAGAAGAGCUCAACCCGCACCCGCCACCUGCAAAAAAGCGUGCAAGGUUGGCCAUAACUUGCCCGACCCGCGGUCACUAAUUCAGGUAGCCACCACUGGCCUCUAGUGGCUGCAGAUGGAAUUACAUAUUGUCCAAUUACUUUCCAUCUACAUCCUCUAGGGGCAGUGUUUGUUAAAUGAAUUUGGUUUCCAACCAAAAUAGUAUUAAAGGACCCACCUGCCAUAUAGACAAAUGGAAGAAUAAUAGUUUAUCAGUACUGCCUGAUCAGUAUAACUGGGGGGCCUGAUGUUAUGUAGAUUGCAAGCUCACUGGGCCCAAUCAUAUUCCUUAAUCCUUAGAUGGGUGCACUGAAUAUAUAGACUUCUGUGUGUAGUUCAUGGAUGACAAACCACGCAUCUCGACUUCCUUUGUGUCCUACGUUUCCUACUAUAUAUAUAUAUGUGUAUAAAUUAUACCUAAAUCUAUAUAUCCAAAUAUAUUACAGGUGACGCAGGCGUCAUGUAAUUUUGUUUGGCUUUUUGUUAUAUCCGUGGCUUGUAUGUUAAUCCUGUUAGCCCUCUAUGUAUAGAUAUAUAUAUUUUUCACUAAGUCUGGAGCAUCUGCAGGUUGAAUUAUGGCCGCGGUUCUGCGUCCGACGCAGUUCCCGAUAUGUAACGGAUGUGAGGAUUUGCAUGCUAAGUCAGAAUAAGGUACUUUCAAACCUUUUGUUUUCUAUAAUGAGGUAUUUUGCGUUUUGAUACUUUUUAUUAAAUAUAUUGAAAAAGAAA